AUCAGUGAGACUGUGACUCUUUGGUCUGUAAAAUCCCCUUUUGCUCUUAUAUCGCAGAGGCUGAUGAAGUGAUGAUGAUGAUGAAGAAUCCUGGCCGUCUCCGUCUGGUAUCCGAUUCAGCGUCACUAACCCGACGACUAUGUACGGUGUCGGAGGCGGCAGCUUAUGUGGAAGCGCAGGUGGCAGGGAAGAAGGUCGGGCUGUAUCCUAGAUUGUCGGCUUUGGCAGCCACAGGAAAGAGCGUGUCAAAGACUAUAAAUGAAUUCAUGAUGGAGGGCAACGCUGUGAGGAAAGACGAACUAUGUAGGUGCGUCAGAGAGCUUCGCAAGUACAAGAAAUACCAGCACGCUCUAGAGGUGAUGGAGUGGAUGGAGAGGAGAAAAAUGAAUUUCUCCCUUACUGAUUAUGCGAUACUCGUAGAUCUUGUUUCAAAAGUAAAAGGGAUUAGUGCAGCGGAGAAUUUCUUCAAUUGCCUCUCCCCAUCUAAAAAAAAUAAAUUUACGUAUGGAGCUCUUCUGAACUGUUAUUGCGAAAAACGUUUGAAAGACCAGGCGUUGGCUCAUUUUGAGAAGAUGGGUGAGUUGAAGUUCGUUACCAACUCUCUACCUUUCAAUAAUCUCAUGAAACUAUAUAUGCAAUUGGGCCAGCCAGAAAAGGUGCCUACCCUUGUAUAUGAAAUGAAACAGAGAAAUAUUACUCCUUGCUCGUUUGCCUAUAAUUUAUGGAUGCAGAGCUAUGCAUCUUUGAAUGAUAUUGACGGAGUGGAGAGAGUUAUGGAGGAGAUGAAGGUGACUGGUGAAGAUACCCGCAAUUGGACUACGUAUUCUAACCUGGCUGCAAUCUAUGUUAGGGCAGGACUUUUUGAUAGAGCAGAGUCGGCUCUUAAAACAGUUGAGGAGAAAGCGACACUUCGUGAUCGUGAGGCAUACCAUUUUCUAAUAAGCUUGUAUGCCAAGAUUUCUCUCACUGAAGUGAAAAGAAUGUGGAGUUCUCUGAAAUCAAAAUUUUCUACGGUCACGAAUUCGAGUUAUCUUGUUAUGCUUCAGGCUCUCGCUAAGUUGGAUGUCCAAAGUAUGAAGGAAUUGUUCGAGGAGUGGGAAUCCGGAUGCUCCGCUUUUGAUUUUAGAUUACCAAGUGUUGCUAUAAAAGCAUAUCUUGGGCAAGGCAUGCGUGAAGAAGCAACAAGGGUCUUUGAUAAUGCAAUUAAGAGAACUUAUAACCCUUUAUUCAAGGCUCGGGAGACAUUCAUGGUUUUCUACGUAAAAAACCAUCAGCCAGAUUUGGCUCUGCAGCAUUUGAAGGCUGCUCUCUUUGAAGUAAAGGAAAAAAACUGGCAUCCAGCACCAGAAACAGUCGGUGCCUUCUUUGAAUAUUUUGAAAAACGGAGAGAUGUUGACGGUGCUGAGGAGUUCUGUAAGAAUUUGAGGAAUCUUAAUCAUCUGGAUUCUUUUGCCUACCUUAUGUUGUUGAAGACUUAUGUAGCUGCCAACAAACAGGCUUCAGAGAUGCGCAGGAGGUUAGAGGAAGACAACAUUGUAAUGAGCAAGGAGAUUGAGAAUUUACUUGAAAAAGUUUGCCCCAAAUAGGCUUUAAUGUUGAGCAGUUCCCUGAAUACUGUUUUAAAUGAGUAUCUUGGUGAUGCUCCAGUUAUUGAUUGUAAUUUUUUUGUAUUACAUUGUUAUAGAUUUGGGGAUUUAUAGGGA